UUAUCCAGUAGGACCAUUUGAAAUGGUUUCUCAAUUCAUCAUGUUUUCUCCCGCUUCUCCUCUCUCCUUUCUCUCCCAAACAAUUAUUUCCCCAACCAAAAUUUACUCUCUUAAUCCCCAUAAAUGCUUGUCUCUCACUAAAACACCAAGAACUGUUAUUGAGCCCACAUUGAGUUUUCGACCCACCAAUACCAUCUAUUGCAACUGUCUCACUUCGCCCAUUAACCUUCUUUCAGAGAUUGAAACAGUUACAUUCUUUCAAGAAUUUGGAUUCAGUGAAAAAGAAACUGAAUUACUUUUUAAGCAGAACCCCACUCUAAGAUUAACAUCUUUUGAUAAUAUACGUGACCGCAUGCUUUCUAUGCAGUCUGUUGGACUCAAACGAAUUGCACUUUUUCGAGUGAUUAGUAAAUCCCCAAAUGUAUUAAUAGCGGAGGAAAUUGAUACAUUGAUAUGUUUUCUUCGUGACGAUUUGGGAGGAAAGAUUGAGCCACUGCAGAUUGAACGCCUUUUUGUUGGAGCAGAAACAAGAUUUCUGGUGGGGUUUGAUCAAAAAGUUCGACUUCUCGGGAUUCCUCAAGAACAGAUUGUUCACGUUCUCAACAAUGUUAAUUUAACUAAGGCCUUAUGUCUCAAGUCAAUUGAAGAAAUUGAAAGAACCAUUGCUUUCUUGAACCCCUUUGGUGGUUCUGAUCUAAUUGUGAAGCGUCCAAAACUUCUUAAUUAUGAUUUGGAUACUCAGCUGCUUCCAAGAAUUAAUUUCAUCAAUAAGCUUAGUCGCGGUGAUGUGGAUGCCACAGGUACUGUCUUGCAGAAAUUCCCUACAAUCUUGAGUUACAGUGUGAAGCAUGUAGAAAAUCAUGUGAAGUUGUUGAGGUCGUUUGGUGGACUAAAUGAUGAGGAAAUUUUCAAGAUUAUUCUUGUGUUCCCUGGUAUGAUUAGUGCUAGUAGAGAAAGGAAAUUACAUCCUAGAAUAGAGUUUCUCAAGCAAUGUGGCUUGGAUUCCAGUGAUCUUUUCAAGUUCUUGACAAAAGCCCCAUUGUUUCUAGCCCUAUCCUGCGAUAACCUUGCACAUAAGCUUGCGUUUUUGGUGAAGAUUGGGUACAAAUAUAGAACGAAGGAGUUAACCGCAGCAAUGGGAGCUGUGACCAGAACAAGCUGUGAAAACAUGCAAAAGGUGAUUGGAGUAUUCUUGAGUUAUGGGCUAUCUUUUGCUGACAUUCUUGCCAUGAGCAAGAAGCACCCUCAGAUACUGCAGUACAGUCAUAGUUCUUUAGAGGAGAAGAUGGAAUAUUUAAUAGAAGAAAUGGGUCGCGAAGUCGGAGAGCUAUUGGCCUUUCCUGCAUUUCUUGGUUACAAGCUUGAUGAAAGGAUUAAGCACCGGUAUGAAGUAAAAAGGAAGACUUUAGGUGAAGGAAUGUCAAUCAACAAGCUGUUAAGUGUUUCGGCAGAGAGAUUCAAGACCAAGGAGAGGAAAACUUAGAUUCAUAUUUGACAAAUUGAUGGCUGCACCAUUUUAUUCUUUAAGGCUCAUUUUAAUUUUUCACCUCAGGCAUUUUGGAUUCAUAACUAAAGUUAAUUCAGAUUGCAGCCUGGGAAAUAAGCCCUCCAAAUGAAAUGGUCACAGCCCAUUUUGGCAAGAUUGGAGCUUAUACUUGAGGAAUCGAGUCAAGUACAAGCUUGGGGUGAGCCUACUGAAGAUGGUUCAUAAUACAUCUAAAUCCAUUAGAGAACAUAAUAUUUCUUUCUUUGUUGUACUAGUGCUCCACAAUGUGUAUCUUUAAAACAAGGUAUGUUUGAGAUGUCAAAUAUAAUGUCCUCAAUUUUCUUCCUCUUUCUU